GCACCUUUCAAAACACAUUGAGGAAAAUCGGGCAAGGAGAACGGCCGAUGUCGCAUUGUUUCUCUCCUAUAUGACAACAUUUCCACCACUGAAAAUUCUAUUAUUUUCUCCUCAACCUUUAAGGCGUUUUAGGUGAACGGUUGACAAAAUGAUGCCCAUGAGCACUCGGAAGAGAAAACUGUCCUCUGUGGAUUCGGACAGGAGUGAGAGGGAGGCAUCGCCCAUCAAGAGGAGCUCUCCCAGGAAGAAGCUGGAUACCAAUGGAUGUUUGAACAAAGAAAAUCACUCGUCGCCAAGGACCUCUCCUCGUAAAGCAGCAGGCUUUCCACUCAAGCAGGCAACGAUGACAAGCUCCUUCUACGGGACGAAAAAGAGCGUCUAUCUCACACCUCUAGAGAGGAAGGCAGUGAAGGAGUCACUUCCUCCUCCUCCUCCGGGCCAGGUCAAGAAAGCGGAGACGAAAAUCAAGAAGGCUGCAAAAGGCAAGCAGGCCAAGGCGGCGACAGCGUCGAGCAUCAGAAACUACGCAGAGUCCAACAAGACCAUCAGGCUGUCCAAGAUGAAUUGGAGCAGCAAUGCCAACCAGAAGGCGUCUGAGCCCAAGAAGGCCAUCACCAUGACCUUCAGCGGCAUGAAGAAGCCCAAAGCCAAGAUUUUGGUGGGCGCCGCCUUCUUCAGCACAGCCAAGAAGCCGUCAUCCCUGUACAAGAAGCUGUCCGCCGCAAAGGCCAAAGGCAAAGCUGCGGUCAAAGCAGACAAGUCAAUGAGUCAGGCGGCGGCGGCGGCCCGCCAGCCAGAGCGAAAGCAAACGCAGAAAAAUCCCGCCAAGACUGCCAUCCCGCCCGUGGACAAAAAAACAGAGCCGACCAGGAGAAAGUGUGACCCGGAAUUGGAAUUGUAUGAUUAUGAGAGCGACAUGCCGCCAGAGCAGCCGAGUUCCCCUCAAGCCGUGACCGCUAAUCACCAAAUCACAACGGAGCUAAAAAUUGUGCUGACAAGGGUGCCGAUUCCGACAUCUCGAAUCUCAUCCUUUGCUUUUCAGGGUGACGGCUCCGAGCCCGUUUGUGACCUCAGAGACCCAAUUCCCAAAAGUCCGACCUCGACGCCGCCCAAAGAAUCUCCGGCUGUGUAUCCCAUUUUCGGAUCCGCUACUAAACGUUCCAAGAGCUCCCCUGCUGACAAGACUCGGCCGUCAUCAUCCACCAAAGAGCGACCCACCCGCAGGAGGAAGGAGAAGCAUGACGACGACCAACUCAUCAUCGAUGCAGGCCAGAAGCAAUUUGGCGCCACCACCUGCGGCUCCUGCGGGAUGGUGUACAGCUCAGACAACCCAGAAGACAACUUCCAACAUGAGCAGUUCCACCAGUGCCUUCUGGACUCCAUCAAAUUUGUGGGUUGGAAGAAGGAGAGGGUGGUGGGCGAGUUCUGGGACGGCAAGAUCAUUCUGGUUAUGCCAGAUGAUCCCAAGUACGCCGUCAAAAAGGCGGAGGAGGUGCGACUCAUCGCGGACAACGAGUUGGGCUUCCAGCAGGCGACGCUGAGCAGACCCUCGCAGGCUAAGACUUACUUGUUUGUCAACAACGAUCGGAUGGUGGUGGGCUGCCUGGUGGCAGAAUCCAUACGGCAGGCCUUCAAAGUCCUGGAGCAGCCGGAUCAGAUCAAGGACAUGACCAAAGACGACUUCAUGGACCGGCACCGGGCGUGGUGCUGCUCCACCGUGCCAGAGAAGGCGCUUUGCGGCAUCAGUCGCGUGUGGGUCUUCAGCCUGGCCCGGCGCCAGGGCGUCGCCCGCCGCAUGUUGGACACGGUCAGGAGCACCUUCAUGUACGGCAGUCACCUGACAAAGGAGGAAAUCGCCUUCUCCGACCCGACGCCGGACGGCAAACAGUUUGCGACGGCGUACUGCGGCACGCCCACCUUCCUUGUCUACAACUUCAUCGCUUGAAUUGAUCGCACGGGUCCAAGCGAUCGUUGCGCUGCCUGGGAAUGACUCUGACUUUGGUUUAGAUAGAGUCAAUUUGAUUAGUAUUGAGAGUUUUUUUUCUCAGCUCAGGGCAGUGUUGUAAAUUUGCUGUAGUUUUAUUGCAGAUGUUUACAUGGAAAUAACUUCUCGUUGAUGUUUUUAUUUGUCUGAAAUAUAUUUUUUUU